GGCCAACUUCGGUCACUCCAAUCAAGAAACGCGGUGACAGAAAUGGGAUUUGUUAAGAUACAUAGAAAGAGUUUAGCCUAGAUUCUCUACAGCUCACACACUCCAAAAAUCCUAGUACUCCUCCUUGGUCCAUAAAGAAAAAAAACAAAGGAGAGGAGAUCCAACACUUCCCUACUUAAGAAUCUUCCUUUUUUUAGAGUUCCUUUUCUUUUAAUCUCAACUCAUCUUUCACUUUCAGUCUUCACCGACACGUCCCACUUGAGAAGGCAGUAAAAGAUUUCAAACUAUAAGAGAAGCCGACGAAUAAAGAGCUUUACAGAGUUGCUUUCUUUACAGGAAGGUUUUCUUCUCUAUAUCAUUUUGGUUCUAAUAAUAGUCAUUGUUCUCUAUUAGUUUUCGAAGAACUCCCAAGAAAGUGGAGAGGAGAUAGUGUGAAAGAGAGGAAGAAAUGGGUGAGUAUAGGAGUAUAUGUUCUUUCCUAUUCUUGGCCUUGCUUUUGACCUGCACCAAUGGAGAAGAUCCGUAUAGGUUCUAUAACUGGAAUGUCACCUAUGGUGAUAUCUAUCCUCUUGGAGUAAAACAAAGGGGGAUCUUGAUAAAUGGGCAAUUUCCAGGGCCUCAGAUUGAGUCGGUUACCAAUGACAACUUGAUUGUUAAUGUCUUCAAUGCCUUGGACGAACCCUUUCUUAUCUCAUGGAAUGGUGUACAGCAGAGGAGGAACUCAUGGCAAGAUGGAGUGUAUGGUACAAACUGCCCCAUUCCACCAGGGCAGAAUUUCACUUAUUUUCUCCAAGUUAAAGACCAGAUUGGCAGCUAUUUCUACUUCCCUUCUCUUGAUUUCCACAAAGCCGCAGGAGGCUACGGCGGUAUCAGAAUUCUUAGCCGCCCGAGAAUUCCGGUGCCUUUCCCUCCUCCUUCUGGUGAUUUCACCAUACUAGCUGGUGACUGGUUCAAGCAAAAUCACACAGAUUUAAAGGCCAUUUUGGAUGGUGGGCAUGAUCUUCCCUUCCCUGAUGGGCUUCUUAUCAAUGGUCGUGGAUCAAAUGGAAACACAUUCACAGUUGACCAAGGUAAGACUUACAGAUUCCGUAUAUCCAACGUGGGGCUUACAACAUCAAUUAACUUCAGAAUCCAGGGUCACAAACUGUUGCUUGUUGAGGUUGAAGGCACUCACUCUCUCCAAAACACCUAUGAUUCUCUUGACAUUCAUCUGGGGCAAUCCUUAUCUGUCUUGGUCACAGCCGAUCAACCACCUCAAGAUUACUUCAUGGUCGUUUCCACACGUUUCACUUCUCAAAUUCUCACGGCCACCUCCACUUUUCACUACAGUAACUCUGCAGGAAGUGUUUCUGGCGCUAUCCCUGGUGGCCCAACAACUCAGAUUGACUGGUCUCUUGAGCAAGGCCGAUCAUUCAGGCGGAAUUUAACAGCAAGCGGACCAAGGCCUAAUCCACAAGGCUCAUACCAUUAUGGAUUGAUCAAUGUCACACAAACGAUCAGGCUAGCGAAUUCCGCUCCUAUAAUCAAUGGCAAGCAGAGAUAUGCAGUCAACAGUGUGUCGUUUAUUCCAGCAGACACACCACUCAAGCUAGCUGACUACUUCAAAAUCUCUGGAGUGUUUUCACUUGGAAGCAUCCAGGACAGCCCCACCGGUGGUGGCGCUUAUCUCCAAACUUCUGUCAUGGCCGCUGAUUUCAGAGGCUAUGCUGAGGUUGUGUUUGAGAAUGAAGAAGACACUGUACAGUCAUGGCAUAUUAAUGGCCAUAACUUCUUUGUUGUGGGUAUGGAUGGAGGACAAUGGUCCCCUGAGGCCAGACUGAGAUACAAUUUGAGGGACACAAUUUCUCGUUGCACUGUUCAGGUUUAUCCCAAGUCAUGGACUGCAGUUUACAUGCCUUUGGAUAAUGUGGGUAUGUGGAACAUAAGGUCUGAGAACUGGGCUAGGCAGUACUUGGGGCAACAACUCUAUCUUCGAGUAUACUCACCUGUAAAUUCAUGGAGAGAUGAGUAUCCGAUCCCAAAGAAUGCUCUUCUUUGUGGGAGAGCAUUAGGUCGUAGGACCAGGCCUCUGUAAAACCAGCCUUUGGCUGUCGACAAAAGUACCACUGUCACGAGUGGGUGACAGGGUUUUGAGAACUUGAAUUCUAUAGAAGAUGUAGCAAUGGCUACUGUGAGCAUUCUUUUGAUUUGUAGUGGUGUUGUUUUGAAUUGUUCCAAUUGGGACUGAUAGGAAAUUAAUUGUUGCAGGAGUACUUGUAUUCUUUUUCUUUCUUUCUUUUUGUAUCAUUUUUUAUAAUCACCCCCUUUUUACCUUUGAAAUGCCUUGUUCACCUUCCUUAUGCCUUAAAUUAAAAUGUAUGGCCAAUCCCUUUAAAAGAAAAAGUGUGGUCAAUGUUGUUUCCAGCCCCCUUUGUUCUUUGGUGACACUUGGACUGUUAUAGCAAUGCAAGCGGGUUAUAAAGCAUUUUCUUAUUAUUUGA